UUCUCCCCACUAAAAAAACUUACAGAAUUACAACACAAAAUAACAUAAUCAUAAGAUGCUUAAUAUACUUUUAGAAAGAAGAAAAUUUUAUUACCUUGAUUUUAAAAAGAAUAAUAAAACUACUCAUUACAACCAAUACCCAUAUAAACUUCUGAUUCAUCCAACAUAAAAAUGUUGAGCAAUACUAAACGCAAAAAAACUCUAGGUUUCACUUUCUGUCGUAGCCUAUUUCAACCACACUGCCCCCUUUACCUGUUCGAAAUACUUUGUUCUCUUUUUGGAUGCAAAGCAAAAACAGCCGCCGUUAUAGCAUCUCGCCGCCAGAGGGAUCGCUUUCGUAUCUUUUGUUCAAUUGAGAUCCUUAAAAACCAGGUUUAAUAACUUAAUAACUUCAGCUUGGUAGGUGAAUUGAGGGCUUUCAGGAAGCUCUCAGUUUCAUUAUUUCAAAUAUUCUAUUUCGGUAUAGUCUAGCCUAGUAGUAUUAAUUUCAAUUCUCCGCAGCAAGUGAUUUAUGGGAAUUAACUACUCCUUCUAUGUCCCCUCCCGUUUAAGGGUGGUUGCUGUGGGUCUGUCUCAUCAUAGCCCAGCGCGCAGCCGACGGCUGUGUAACUUAUAUAGUAAGAGAAAGGUGGAAGUAAACUGAACGCUUUAGCUACAUCGGGCUACUGCCGUUUGUGUGAUACCUACCAACAACAUUGUGGUUGUGUUCCAUCUUCCAAUGCCAAAUGUUCAACUGACAGGAAACAAUGUGGAGAUUUAGAAUUUGUUUACUAGCAUCAUUGUAAAAAGGGUGGUCACCUCCUACACACCACAGCCAGAUCCUGUCCCUCGGAUUCUACCUGUCCCUCUACACCCCCUACCCAACUCACCUCACCCCUCCACCCUAGCCCACCUCACCCCACCAGCCAGUGUCCACCAUGAGUGCCCACCGCAUCGAUGCCAAGGUGGUCAUGCUGGGGAAGGAGAGCGUUGGCAAGACCAGUCUGGUAGAAAGAUUCGUACACCACCGAUUCCUCGUUGGGCCGUAUCAGAAUACUAUCGGAGCUGCGUUCGUGGCCAGACAGGUCCAGGUGGGAGACAGCAUGGUGACCCUGGGAAUAUGGGACACUGCUGGAUCAGAGCGCUAUGAAGCCAUGAGCAGGAUUUACUACAGAGGAGCCAAGGCUGCGGUGGUCUGCUUUGACCUGACAGACAGCAGCAGCUUUCAGCGCGUCAAGUUCUGGGUGAAGGAGCUGCAGAACUGUGAAGAACACUGCAAGAUCUACUUAUGCGGCACCAAAAAUGACCUGGUGGAGGCUGACCGUAAUGUGCGCCAAGUGGACUACCACGACGUCCAGGAUUUCGCAGAUGAAAUCAAGGCUCAGCUUUUUGAAACAUCCAGCAAGACUGGUUUUAAUGUGGAUAAGCUCUUUCAGAAGAUGGCAGAGGACUUCCUCAACACUGACUUCCAGGUCAUCCCAGGGGAGAACGGAGUGGACCUGGGACAGAAGAAGAACACCUAUUUCUACUCCUGCUGCUCGCACUGACCUCGGACUGGGUCAGGUGUGCCGGAGACCGACGCCCGGGGGUGCUGGGAAUGCCCCUUUUUAAAAACACACAGGACUGCCCCGGCGGCCAAGUUUCACUUUCUCUUUCAGUUGUGCCAUAAGCUCACAGCAGCCAGAGGCCUGGGCAGAGCGCCAGGUCGCUCCACUGGGGGGCGCUCUCCUGUGGAAGCGAGGCCUGGGCCCCCUCAGCGCGUCGGAGAGGCGAUUCAGGAGGGAAGAGGACAAAAAAAACUACCUUCAUUACAAACUCAUUUAUACUGCAUGUCAUUUAGAGUGAUUGACAACGCUCCUGGGUUUCUGAUUGGUCGCCUCAUGCUGCAGUGAGUCCCACCCAUAGGCCUGUGGCCUUUGUCCGUCACUGUACAAGCCUUUCUAAUGGAAACUAUUCGACUUGAGUCUGCCUCUGAGACAAACCAUAUUCACUGUUUUGGCCCGCAUCGGUGAGAUUUCUUAAUCACAGUACUUACGGGUACACUGUUCAUCUUCAGAAUAUAUUAAAAUAUAUAAUUACUUAGUUAAACAACUUAAUGUGACUUUCAAAGAUUACUAGGGAUGAACACCCUUGUGAAUUAUUUUUAAAUCCCCACAGCUGAAACCACACGGAGCUUAAUAUAUAAUGAAAUUAUGACCCUUUAACCAAAAAAACAAAACAAAACUGGACAUGUCCUUCAUGAAGUUGGGCUCAAGUGCACAGGGACUGCACUGAAAAACGACUUGAUGGAGAACAUACCUGGAAAGGUUAGCAGCGAGAAGAAACUUAAUUGAAUGUCAUGUUAAUGUUUACAGAAUUCUGCCAUAUUAUAUCAUAUAUUAGAUCAUGUAUUUAUUUAAUGUAAGCUUUCACUUUUUCUUUUCUUUUUACUGUAACUUGAUUUUUAUGAUUUGUGGCCUUUGGGUAAGCUACUUUGCAACGGUGUACUGAUCCUACACCACGAGAAUUACUUGACAAUUAAGUGGUCUGCUAUUAUUACAUGAAACUUUGCCUGAGGAACUGAAUUGGGGCAGUCAGUCCACAGAGGUUAUGAACAGCACACCCAUCCUGAACACCUUGCCCUGUGUAGCAGGUAGUGUGCGCAGGAGAGGGGGCUGUGUUCAUGUGCAUAUUUAUUGGGAAUCAUACAGAACCAGGCCCUCCAGCACAGCCACAGUGAACAAACGCCGACCUGUUUCACCCAAUCCAGAGAGUUCCAUCAUAUCUUGAGGAAUAGGACAUGCCUUAAAAGAUGCUUUGGUUUUAGUUUUUUAUUCUUAUUUUUGGGGGAUGGGAGUGCCCCUCUGUAUCAGCCCUCAGAAGGUGUAUGGGACAGGGGCACUGGAAGGUUUGGCUGUGAUCGUGCCCCUGUCCCAGCCUCAGAGCACCUCUCCUCCUCCUCCUCCUCCUCCCUGCACUCCAGCACGGGCUGUCUGACCCGACACACCCCCACCCCACCCCCCCACCCCCCGUCGGCCGGUGACUCCCGCCAGCACCGCAGACAGCACGGAUGUGUACACAGGAUUUUAUUUUAUAGCAUGGUGUUAAUAAAAGGUAUUAAUAGGAAAUAAAACAUGACUUGGGAAUUA